AUGUUUGACGACCGCAAAAAGGAACUUAAUGUACAAAAUGCUAGAUGUCAAAAAUGUUUAGAAUUAGGACAUUGGACGUAUCAGUGUAAAGGAAAAAGAAAAACUUUGCAUCAAAUUAGUAGAACGACGUUAUUGAAAAAAAGGCUGAAAGCAUACGAAGAAGAAAAUCAAAAAAAAUUAAUGCAAGCAGAAAAACAAAAAACUGAUGUCAAUUCUAAAAGUAAACCUUCGAAAAAAGACAUUAGUGCAGGAGAUAAUAAUAGUGAUGAUAGUACUGAAUCUGAUAGUGAAAGUGAUUCCGAUUCGAGUUCAUCUUCUAGUGAUUCCUCUAGUUCUUCAAUUAGCAGUUCUUCAAGUUCUUCAGAUUCUAGUUCUAGUAGUAGUAGUUCCUCAUCUGAAUCAGAAGAUUCAUCAGGCGAUACAAAGUGA